AAGUCAGGCGAAGACGAGUUGAACAGUGAGUGUUGACGCAGCGGCGGGACGUGCUCCACAUCCAUGACAUUCUUCCAUCCACCAGCUGCUGUUCCUGCCACUGUGGCCGAGUGAGAGGGGACAGUCGUCAUGGCCAACCUGUUUGGAAUAAUAGUAUCAGGGAGGCUGGUGCAGACCAACUUUCAGCAGUGUGGGGAAACCCAAUUCUUGACAGUGAUUCCUGAGGCUGACAACAUCAAUCAUGUUGUUGUUUUCCUCACUGGCACACAACCUUUCCCUGAUGGACUAGGGGGCUCAGUUUACUUCAGUUGGCCAGACCCUAACAAGCCACCAACAUGGCACCUUCUUGGGAACAUCACUAAUGAGAAGCCAUCAGCCAUCUUCAAAAUCUCCGGCCUGAAGCAGGUCAUUGGGACAAGCCUCCAAACUGGCUUCACUUUUGGAGAGCAGAAGAUGUCCCAUAAUGCCCAGAUUGGCAUCUCGGUGGAGCCACUGAGCCAGAUCCAGGGGCAGGUUGCCAAUCCAUCCACUGAGCCUUCCACCAUCAACUCCUACAUUGAGUUUAGUCAGGCCAUGUGUGAGAACCUGUACAACUAUGCCUCCAGCUUUGCCCAGAGUCCAUCCCACAUCACUCCCAAUCCCUCAGACCAGUACCUUCCCCUCUCUGUGCUCUCAAAGUGGUAUGAGAACUUUAGCCGUAGAUUACAACAAAACCCUAAUUUCUGGAGGAAGUAGUAUUUUGGGCUGGUGGAGGAUCUUCAUCCAUGUUUCUGGAGAAUUUAAAGGUAAAUCUGCUUCAUACUGAAUUUUCAGGAAUAUAAAAUUGUUUUAGUUAUGUUGGUAUCAUAAGUGUCAGAGUUUGGAGGUUUUUGUUAAAAAUGUUGAGGAUUUAUGCUUUCAUUUGAGCUUUGGGAAGUUCAUUACAAAUGUCAUAGAUUACAUAAAUGAGACCCUAGUCUCAAGUCAUAUUUCUCUAGUGAUGUGGUUGGCUCAUGGCGAAGUCAAGAGUAGGAUGGCUGUCUGUUGAAGUGCUACUGCUAAGCUCCUUAUGUGUGGAAUAAUUAAAGAAUAUUGGGCACAGUAGGAAUAUUGUAAUAAUUGUUGAGCAGAAUCCAUGUUGAUUUGGGAUGUGAAAGCCAAUAUAGACUUCAAAUAUGCAUAAAUAUUGGAAAUUAGUGAUCAUGCAAUACAAAUUUUCUUACUGGAUUGGAAUUACUGAAUUGUGAGAGAAUCUAAUCUGUACACAGUUCACACAAUUAGUUGUUUAGUAGUUUAUUUUUUUAUAACAUCCUGCUAAGUAUUAUGCUUCAGGAUUUUUAUAAAUAAAGGAACUUGAUCCAUAGGUCUUGCUCACAUAACUUAGAAUAGUGUGUCUCAUUCUCCUUGUGGUAAUUUAUGUUCUGAAUUACAAGUGUUCAUUGCAGUUUAUUCAGAUAUAGUGUCAUUGUUUUGCUGCUGAUCUGUAAUUGCCUUGUUUGUGUGUAAUUUAGUUAUGUGUAAGUAAGCACUAAUUGUGAUCAUUUACCUGUACAGUUGGUGCUUCUAUCUGUCUACCAGUUAAGAAUUGAGGAUGGUGCUUUUCAAGUUUAGGUGAUGAGUUCAAUAUUAUGUGUUGAGUCACAUGCUGUGUGAAGGCAGGACCACUUGUAGUUGUUCUUUAUAAAGAUUUACGAGAAA